AUGGGGAAGAAAAGGAAAGCGAGCGAGGAGCAUUUCUUCAUCACGUUGAUCUUGGUUCUCGUGGGUGAGAUAGGAGGCGGUGUCUACGCCUAUCAACAAAAGGAACAGGUCGUUGACGUCAUCAGAGAUUUAAUUAGAGGGACAAUACGAAACGAGUACGCUGUAAAUUCUGCGCAACGAAGCCUAAUCGACUACCUACAGAGAAAGUUGGAGUGCUGUGGCAGCGAUGGACCGGACGAUUGGGUAGGGAUCGUAGUCUACGACCCAGACAAAGGAGCGGACAUUGGAGUCGACGAGAAAGCUCAAAUAAAUCAGGCCCCAGCAUCCUGCUGCACGCCCGCCAGUUUGGCUGCCAGCCCUGACCAGUGUGGCGUGCUAUCCGAUAGCGACUACCCUAAUGUAUGGACCGUGGGUUGCCAUGAGCAACUAGGUGUGGCAGUGAAGGACAACCUAGUUCUCGUCAUAGGAAUAGCCGUCUGCAUAGCAAUACUACAGAUCGCUGUCAUGGUGUUCACGCUGACGCUAUGCAUCGGCUUGAGUCGCACUGAGUACGAGCCAGCCAACAUCGAGAAAUACUAACUCUCCCAUAAUUCCACCGACCAGCUCAACAACUCCGAACACAGCUACUAGGGGGCGGGUGUGUUCCGACCACCACCGUGGUCCGCGCAGACACGCACAACACAUCGACGACGCCACACGUUCCCGAAACAACGUUGGGUGAAAUGUAUUUUGCGUAAAUAUCUCGUGCGUUCCUACCCGUGCAGCUGUUGAUAUUUGUUGCGAGACAGGCGUGGCUCGUCAAAAUGCGAUGGCAGAGCCUCUAGUGGUAACGUGCAGAGUUAUAUGUUAUUGCAAUGAACGGAAGCUGAAGUUAUUGAGCCACUGUUGCGCCGGGUAUGCUCUACGGUGGUUGCCAGGGGCCACGUACGUGAGUCAUAGGGACCCUACAGUGGCUGAUGCGAGCACGAGUAAUACGCUGGCAGGCCUUGCAGAGGGUGAAAGACCCAAACAUGGGAACUAGGCGUCUCUGUUGUUUAAUAUCGAUUCCGUAGGAGAAAAUCAAAUUUGAGUUAUUUAUGAACUUGGUAAUUGCAUUGCUGUUAUUUCAAGGUUCUGCAAAUUGGCUCAUUGGCGUUGGAAUAUUUAAGCAGAA